GUCUGAGACCGAGCUGCUGCAAUGACCUACUGACUGGAAACUAAAGGUUAAAACAUGAACCGGACCAUCCUGUGAAAGGUAGGAGGCUUCUGCACUCUCCUGCCUGCAGCUCGUUAUAAAGGAAACCAAAGGUUAAAGGGGAAUAUUGCAUCAGGUCCAAAAUGAAGGGGCUCUUCCUCGUCGAGCCUGUGGUGGCUCUGUACGCCUUCUCCAGUUUUCUCAUCUAUCCCCUGAUUCAGCAGUAUGUGUACCGGAGGCUCUGGGAGGACCUGACCAACACCACCUACCCCACCUCGGACAACACCUCCAGAUGUGGAGACAGCAGCAGCAACCAUUCCAGUUAUAACGAUGAGGUACAGAGACAAGCUUCUCUCUUCUCCCUGUACACGGAGCUCUUCUCCACGGUCCCCUCCAUGAUCGUCACUCUCAUGCUCGUGGCCUACAGCGACCGGGGGGGACGUAAGAUCGCCAUCAUCCUGCCUCUGGUCGGCACGUUGAUCUACAGCCUGUCCUUCCUGGCCGUCUCCUACUUUGAUCUCAGCAUCUACCUGCUCAUCGGCUCCUCACUCGUCAGCUCUCUGUUCGGAGGCCUGGGCACGUUCCUGGGCGGCUGCUUCGCCUACGUGGCCGACCUGUGUGAGGACGGUCAACAGAAGACCCUGCGCAUGGCCGGACUGGAUAUGAUGAUCGGCCUGUUGGCUGGAGUGGCUUCGAUAUCGACGGGCUACUUCCUGAGAGCUGCGGGCUUUAACUGGCCUUUCGUCACCUCUUCGUUGAUUCAGGUUUUGAUCCUUCUCUACGCAAUUUUCAUCCUGGAGGAGACCGUGAAGAAGCCCCCGGCUGAUGCCUUCAUUCAGGAGGGGUCCACCCAGCGCUCAGCCCUGAAGCAGAUGACCUACGGGGUCUAUGAGAUGUUCACAGGGGCCAGCCGCAGGUGUAAAACUAUUUUGACCCUCCUGAUGCUCGUCUUCACCAGCUUCUCCUUUGCUUAUGUUGGGGGGAUCUCCUUGAUGACACUGUACACACUCAACAAACCUCUGUGCUGGAAUGAGAUUCUGAUUGGCUACGGCUCAGCACUGUCCACCACCGUGUUCCUGGUCAGUUUUGCAGGAGUGUUUGUGUUCACGUACUGUGGCGUGCCGCAGCUGCUCAUCGUCCUGAUUGGGAUCCUGUCUGUGGUGACCGGCAUGGUCCUGGUGGCGUUUACUAAGACCACUCUGAUGAUGUUCAUAGUGAAGGUGCCCAUGCUUCUGUCUAUCAUGCCUUUCCCGGUUAUGCGCUCGAUGAUGUCAAAGCUCAUCUCAAAGUCUCAGCAGGGGGCCUUGUUUGCGUUACUCUCCUUCCUGGAGAAUAUGACCAACAACGUAUCAGGCGCAGUCUUCAACAGUGUCUAUGCAGCUACGGUGGCGUGGUUCCCUGGCUUCAUCUUCCUCCUCGCUGCAGGACUCUGUGUUAUUCCUGUGUCCGUCCUCGGUGUGGUGGCUGUGUACGGAGUGGAUGUUUCCAAAGAGGACAAAGAAGUGAAAGAGGACAAAGACCCUGAAACACUUUCUGAAGAUCAGAACGACAACACUCCUCUUCUCAGCUGAGCCUCACGAACCGACACAAUCUCACCAGCACUUUGUUUUUUUUACCCUCAGCCCUUUAGACAAAGCUUUGUUUUCCAGAAUUACCUCAAUGACUCUUGUUUCCAGUUUGAAAUGUUAAUAAUGCAGGUUUCAGAUUCCUCUCUUUUGGUUUUGAAACUUAAAUAUAUAACCUGGAUACAACAGGGAGUUGUAGCCAAACAGGAUCUGUAGCAGGUCUUUUUUUCCUAACGGGAACAUUAUUGAUCAGACGCCUGAUCGAGAUGGUAGCAUGAGUCGGAUAUUAAGCACUUUGGUGAAGUACUUUGGGAUUAUUAAGGCCAGUUCACUGAAGGCUUUGAACUGGGAGUAGUGUCUGAGCCUCAUUUAUACUUCAAAAUGACCUGAGUGUGACUUUUGUAAUAUAUCCACAAGGAUUUCACGUUUCCUCGUUGAGUUUUACAGUGUGAUAGGAUUUGCAGUUCAUGUGUCUGAAAGGAAACUAUGCAAUGCGACACAGGCUUGUUCACGAUGGUGAUGCAUUUUGAAUACCCACAUUAAGUGGUGUAAAAAUAAAGAAAACAAUUGCAUACAUAUCUGAACAAGAUAGAAUGUCUAAUAGCUAAUUCAAAUCUGUGAGGUUAGUAAACCACAGAGCGAUGAAAGGGUCUUUAAACUACUCUAAAGCAGAGGGAGAGCUGGGGAUGAAUAGAAGUAGACAUGCAGUGAAUUUCUUUUUAUCGCAAUAACCGCACAAAUGGUAAAAGUCUGUUUGUAAUGUUGUUUUUCGUUCCAAAUGUUGUGUCACAGAGGUGUGAUUGGAAAUGUGGAAUAUUUUGUUGUUUUUUUAUCUCGUUAGUGCAAAUCCUUUAGUAAAUAUCAAAUGACAGAUGUUUUGCCUUUUCUUUGCAAGACUCAGACUUUUCUGCAGGGAGACAUUUAUCUGUAUAUGAUAAUAAGUCAUGCAGUCAAACAGGGAAUGUAAUUGAUUAAAUAAAAAGUGGAAUAUUUAAAGUUUAAUGUGAGUCAAGUGUAUAAUAGUCAACAAGCCCCACACUGGCAAUCAAGAGCACCAUCACAGAUAAAACACACGGUGGUACUCAGCAUAUCAGCCUCUGAAUUGUUGAAAUUUGUUCUGUGAUUCAACCAAAAGUGAAGAAAGUUUGAAUAAGUCCAGUUUCUAACACAAAAAACUUCACCGUUAAAGAAUUUUAAGUUUCUCUCUCAUCACAGACUCAUCUUUGAGCAGCUGCAGAGAAUAACGUUCUCCUGCAGUGAAGGGAAUUGUACUGUUGAGUGAAAAUAUGUCUCAAUAAACCAUUUGACACCAA